AUGGCGACUAUCAAAGACGAGCAUUCGGUCGGAGAAGUACCUGAAUCCAGCAGAAGCUCUCACCACUCUCUGUCAGCCGCUGGAGAUGCAGUCGAGUCGAAGAAUGACACAACUGUUAUCUACCCAACAGGGUUUCGCAUGUGGCUUCUUUCUGGGGCAUCUAUCUUUGGUGUCUUCUUAAUAUCAUUGGAUCAGACUAUCCUGGGCACGGCGGUUCCUAAGAUCACGACCGACUUCGGCGGCCUGAACGAUGUCUCCUGGUACAGCGCAGCCUACUUCAUGACGUUUGGUGGUUUGGAGGCAUCAUGGGGCAAGGCGUUCAAAUACUUCGACAUCAAGUGGACGUUCGUCUUGACCUUGUUCAUAUUUGAGAUUGGUAGCCUGAUCUGCGCGCUUGCGCCCAACUCGAAAACGUUGAUAGUUGGUCGCGCAAUAGCUGGAGUGGGAGCGGCGGGCAUAUCAGUUGGAGGUACAAGUAUCGUCGCGUUCAGUACUCCCCCGAAACAGCGACCCAUUGUCAUGGGUAUCAUAGGUCUAACCUAUGGGCUGUCCUCUGUUCUUGGGCCUAUCAUCGGUGGUGUCUUCACCGAUCAUGUCUCGUGGCGUUGGUGUUUCUACAUCAAUCUCCCUAUCGGUGGGAUUGCGAUUGCAAUCGUUGUCUUCUUCUUCGCGCUACCUGCUGCAGCUCGCCCAGCUCCCAUACCAUUAAGCCGGAAGCUUCUUCAUUUGGAUCCUAUCGGAAUUAGUCUUACCAUGGCAGCUAUCAUCUGCUUCAUUCUCGGUCUUCAGUAUGCUGGAACCCGGUACGCGUGGGACAGCAGUCAAGUGAUCGGCUUACUCUUCGGAUUUGUCGUCUUAGUCGCCGCGCUGGUCGGGUGGUCUAUCUACCAAGACGAGUAUGCGAUGCUGAUUCCUCGACUAUUCAAGAAACGCGCACUUUGGUCCAUAUGCCCCUACCAAUUCUUCUUCCUCGGCGACUUAAUUCUUCUCCUCUACUAUCUCCCCAUAUACUUCCAAUCAGUCAAGGGGGCCUCGGCGAUCCAAUCUGGAAUCGACAAUCUGCCAAUCGUCGCUGCAGUUGCAGUGUUCUGCGUGCUGGGAGGUAUUUUCGUCUCCAAGACGGGACAUCCCACACCAGCCAUGUUCGUCGGGGCCUUACUUGGCACUGUAGGUUGCGGUCUGCUAUACACGUUAGAGGUCGAUACACCUGCCACCAAAUGGAUUGGCUACCAGAUCCUAGUCGGUUCAGCAAUCGCCUUUUCGGUGCAGAACGGUCUCAACAUCGCACAAUCCAGCGUGGAUCCGGAGGACCUUCCGGCAGUCACUGCUAAUCUCUACUUUUUCCAGACCGUUGGCGGUGCUUUCACUGUCUCGUCAGCACAGGCCGCCUUCAUCAAUCAAGCGCUCGACAACCUCCGGACAACGGCUCCUGAGAUUGAUUCGUCGAAACUCCUCACCACCGGAGCUUCGGAACUGCGCAAAGUUUUCACACAGGCCGAGAUACCUAUUGUCAUCGAAGCAUAUAUGCACGGUCUGAAGGCUGCAUUCGCCGUCUCUAUCGCGUUUUGUGGCCUUGCAUUCGUUGCAACAUGGUUCGUGCCAUGGGAGCAACUAGCCACACACAGGCCCGCAGAACCUACAGACACUGAACAGCAAGGGACAACAACGAAAUAGACAUGAGCGAUGAGGGCAGUAAAGUUUAGACUUUGUCCAAGCUACGUCAAAGGCAUGUUGCCGAGACUGAAUAAUUAUAUAUUGUAUAAUACACAAGAGACUCUGAUGCGAGUUUACUAUGCAGAAAGCUUGAAAUGUCAUGAACAGUAGCGACCACAGCAAUGAGCAAUCCAACCUGUUGCAACCUGUAUGUCAAAAGCGUGCAUUCUCUUCUCGAAAAGUGAUGGGGCGGUUAUGGAGGAUACCUACGUGGUGCGUCAUUCUCUACGCCAAAACGUGGCAAGACGCUGAGCGACUGCACCGAGAUCGGU